UUGAUGCGGACUCGGCUGGACCCUCUCGUUCAACCAGGCAUAGUAUCAGCCCAUACUCACAUUUUCGGCGGUUCGAAUCGCGUCACCGCCGACGCCAACUUUGCCAGUAUUACUGCGGCAGAUUGUACUACCGCACCCAUUACUAUCGACAAGUCCCUAUACUGGGCGCCCAUACUCUACUACAAGGACGAGCAGUCCAAAUACCACGUGAUGAGUGGAGAUGGCCUAGUCACAUAUUGGUUCUACCAUAUCGGAAAGGACGAUCCAGACUCAUUCCCAGAGCUGCCGGACGAUUUCCGGAUGGUCGCGGGCGACAUGAAGCGGAACUCCCUGGAUCUGAGCAGAGCGCCCGAUCAGGCUGUGACGUUCCAAUGCUUUGGACCGGGCUACUCGAUGCGACUACCGUAUAUCCCGGCUGACUUUGAAUGCGAAACGAUCCGUCCACAGGUCUCCUUCCCCAACUGCUGGGAUACCAAAAACGCGUACAAGUCCGACAACAGCCAUGUAGCCUAUGGAGAGGGGGACUACAUGUACGGAAAGUGUCCGCCUGGGUUCAAGCGGAUCCCGACGCUCUUCCUCGAGACCGUAUACAAACCAGCUCUGAUGCUUGGCGCCAAGUACAAGUGGCGAGCGGGCUCCCUCGUUUUCUCUUAUGGUGAUAACUUUGGUCUGACCUUCCAUGCGGACUGGAUGAAUGGCUUCCCGAAAGGCGCGCUCAAUAAGGCAUACGACGAGUGCAAGAACACCCUCGACGGGCAAGUGACUUCAUGCCCGUACUUCCAAAAAUCUAUCCAGGCGGAGCCAGCUCGAGACUGCACCGUUCAGGGCAAUAUCGUCAACGAGGCAGUAGGUAUCCAAGCUCCACUCGACCACCUUCCCGGCAAUAACGUCGAAUACAACUCGUCCGCACUCGCCAAUUUCCCCAAGAAGCCCGAUCCGGCAUACGUCGAGAAGUCUAAAGUCGUCAAGAUCGAGUCGGCCAACAAGGGGACCUGCAAAUCGCAGAUAUGUCAAGAUUACAGCGGACCG